GGGUUUGGUUCGCGGUCUGGUGUACACCGUGCCGGGGCUGCCGCUGCCACCAGGAGAAGGAAAAGUGGCUGGUCAGAGCCGCGGCGGCUGCCGGAGCGGCGGGGCGCUGCCUAGGGAGGGAUGCGGCUGUUCCCCGCUGCUCUCAGCUGGUACCCAGGGCGGGCCUGGCUCCGAGGGCUCACCCCAGGUACGGGCCGGCUUCCCAACAGCGUCCCCUGCACGGACAGGCCGUUUCUCUCCAGUGAUCAGAUCCAGCCUUCAUCUUCCCUCUUGAGGAGCGGCUCCGGCGUUCGGUUUUCUCCGUGACAUCCUUCUACCCCGAUGCGUAGGCUUGUUUUGCUCACCGAGGAGCUGAGAGAGCUCCGCUCUCUGCCGGUCAGACUAGGAGGAGCAGCUCCAUGUCGUAGCCUGGUGGGGAGGGAGCUGCCUUCACAACUGAAACUUGCCGCUCUUGAGCUUGCUCUUCCCUCUUCGUGCCCAAGAAGUGAGACUGCUGCUGCUGCUCCGCACCGCAGCACCUCGGCCUCCUGAAUCGAGCCCACAGCGCCCACAGCCAAAGGAUUCCUGCCUGCCUUUCUGUUCAGUGCAUGGUGUUCUCUGAUAUUUGGGACUCAGGAUACUGCUCCAGGGGAACCCCCCAAAAGAGCAGGUCAGGUUUGUCAGUGAACGCAGCAAUGGAACCAGGGAGCAGCAGCGCUGAGAAGUUUUAUAGGAUCCCUAAAGGAAAGGGACCACACUCGGUUGGAUGCACAGACCUGAUGACAGAAAAUGCAGUUGAGGGAAGCUUCUUGCGCCUCUAUUAUCCAUCAUGCAGUGCCACAGAUAAUGAAGAGGCACCAUGGAUUCCAGAUAAAGAAUACUAUCAGGGACUCUCUGACUUCCUUAACAUGUAUCGAGUUGUAGGAGAAAGGCUUUUCCAGUACUACAUUGGUUCAGUGACCUGUCCUGCAAAGUCAAAUGCUGCUUUUAAACUGGGAGAAAAAUACCCACUCCUCAUUUUUUCCCAUGGACUUGGAGCUUUUCGGACCAUCUAUUCUGCUAUUUGCAUAGAGAUGGCUUCUCAAGGCUUUGUAGUGGCUGCUGUGGAGCACAGAGAUGAAUCUGCUUCAGCAACGUAUUAUUGUAAAAAAAAGUCCAUUUCUGAACCACAGAAAGAGUCUGUGUCAGGCCUGGAGAAGGAGUGGAUCUACUACAGGAAACUAAAAACUGGAGAGGAAGAGCGUUGUUUGCGCCAUAAGCAGGUGCAGCAGAGAGCGCAGGAGUGUAUCAAAGCUCUCAAUCUCAUUCUUAAAAUCAACGCAGGAGAGGAAGUAACAAAUGUGCUAAAUUCAAACUUUGACUGGAAUAGCCUAAAGGAUUCUGUUGAUACUAGCAGAAUAGCUGUGAUGGGACACUCUUUUGGUGGUGCUACAGUUAUUGAGAGUCUCAGCAAAGAAAUAAGAUUCAGGUGUGGCAUUGCCCUCGAUGCGUGGAUGCUUCCAGUAGGAGAUGACAUUUACCAAAACAGUGUCCAGCAACCGCUGCUUUUUAUCAACUCUGAAAAAUUCCAGUGGGCUGAUAACAUCUUAAAGAUGAAGAAGCUCAGCUCCAAUGACACAAACAAGAAAAUGAUCACUAUCAAGGGGUCAGUACAUCAGAGCUUUCCUGACUUUACCUUUGUGAGUGGAGGACUUAUUGGAAGGUUUUUCAAACUGAAAGGAGAAAUAGAUCCAAAUGAAGCUAUUGAUAUAAGCAACCACGCAUCAUUAGCCUUCCUGCAGAAACAUUUGAGUCUUAAGAAAGAUUUCGAUCAGUGGGAUUCUCUUGUGGAUGGCAUAGGACCCAAUGUUAUUCCUGGUACUAAUAUUGACUUACCUCCAGCUGAACCUGAAUAAGGAAUACAAAGAAGUACUGAAAAUGCUACAGACAUCACAACACUAAUAUUGGCCAAACAUUGCUCAGACACAUGGUAAUGCUGGCCACCUACGCAGCUUUUGGGGUGUGGAACAAAAAAAAUAAAUAAAAAAGAGAUAAGGCAUUAGGUUAUAUUAUCAUCAAUGUGCAGAGAGGUUUUAGUUCAAAUGAGUCAGUGGGAUUUCUCUGAAACACUGCAACAGGGUAACUUCUGCUUUGUAGGAAGCAGAGGGGAAAUCAUUUGAUGGUAAUUUAAACUCUCUGGUUUUGAUUUAGAAUCAAGUUUGCAGAGAGACAGUUAAGCUCU